CUCAAGAUCAAGAAUUGCAUGUGUGGAGCAAUGUGGAGGAAAUAUUUCUAGACGGUUCUUAUCUCAACAACAACAUUUUGCAAAGCAUUGGAGUAUUCACUUCUCUUAAAACUUUGUCUUUAUCUGGCUGUGGACUCAUGGGUUCCUUGCCUAAUCAAGGUAAAUUAAAGACUACAUAAUUUCUCCAAUAUAACUUACAGAAUACAUCUCUUUCUAAUAAUCCUUUAUUCUAUUUCUUUUAUCUAAUAUCUCCUAUAUAAUUUGACAUGGAAAUUAAAAUUUAAUUAGAAUUUCUUCCAUGAAUUUAUAAAAUUUUCAGGUUGGUGUGAUUUAAAGAACCUUGAAAAGUUGGACAUCAAAGAGAAUGCAUUUGAGGGGAUACUUCCUUAUUGUUUGGGUAACUUGACAUCUCUUCUUGAGUUAGAUAUCUCCGACAAUCAAUUUACUGGAAAUUUGACUCAUUUAGCAAAUCUUUCAUCACUUAGAUCUGUCACCCUUUCAAGAAAUCGUUGUCAAAUUUCAAUGCCAUUCCUAUCACUUGCAAACCUUCCAAAUCUCAAGUUUCUCUUGGCUGAUGAAAACAAUAUAGUAAUGGAACCUAAUUCCUUUCAUACUUCAAUUCCAAAGUUUCAACUAAAUGUUUUCAGCUUGUCAAAGUGUACAACAGAUAAAGGACUUAGCCUACAACCUCCUAAGUUCCUUUAUUACCAAUAUGACUUGGGAUAUGUUGAUCUUUCCUAUAACUAUUUCAGUGAAACAGUCCCGUUAUGGUUGUUAGAAAAUAACACAAAAUUAGAAAAUCUCUUCUUGUUGGGCAAUUCUUUCACCGGUCCUCUCUUGUUACCACAACUUCCUAAUCCUAAAGUGUCUGUAAUUGACAUAUCUAAAAACAAAUUACAAGGCCAAAUUCCGACAAAUAUAUGUUCAACUUUUCCAAAUUUGGAAUGGUUAUUGUUAUCUAAGAAUGCCUUUGAAGGUAAUAUCCCUCCUUGUUUAAGUGGCAUGGACACUUUAUCAUUUUUAGACCUAUCGGACAAUCAUUUGUCUGGAAGAUUACCAGAAGAGUUGAUCAUGGGAAGUUCAUUAGAUAUUCUUAGGCUAUCAAACAACAACCUAAGUGGAAAGAUUGUUCCUAUGAUGUUCAACACAAGCAAGUUGUCAAAUUUGUAUUUGGAUGGCAAUAAUUUUACCGGAGAGAUUCCUGAUAUUGAUGUCUCUGCUUCUGAUUUGUCAUAUUCAUCACUAGAGGAUAUUGAUCUCAGUAAUAACAGUUUUAAUGGAAAGCUCCCAAGAUGGAUAGGGAAUGUACCGCAUUUGAAGAGAUUGGCUUUGUCCAACAAUCAUUUCGAAGGUUCUAUUCCAAUGGAAUUGUGCAACUUGUAUAAGCUUGAAUUUUUGGAGCUUUCUCAAAACAAUUUAUCUGGCUCUAUUCCUUCUUGUUUCAAUCCACCAUAUUUGAGACAUGUCCACGUGAAGAGAAACAGACUAAGUGGUCCAUUGACACUUGUUUUUAGUAGCUCUGCAUUAGUGACAUUAGAUCUUAGAGGGAACAAUUUGACCGGUAAUAUUCCAAAAAGGAUUGGCACAUUUUCUGCUUUAAGCGUCCUUCUUUUGAAAGAUAAUCAUUUAAACGGUGAAAUUCCAGUUCAAUUAUGCAAGUUGUAUUCAUUGAGCAUCAUAGAUCUUUCUGGAAAUAUGUUUUCUGGUCCUAUACCUUCUUGUUUGGGCAAUUUAACUCUGGCAAUGCAAGAGGAGAAGUCUCGCAUGGAUGAUUAUUUUUAUAUAGCAAAUCGAAUACAGCAUCUACUAGUACCAAUAGACAUUUGGUUUGAUUUAUCACAUGUUUUUCCUAGUAGCAGCAUGAAAGAAUGGAUAGAGUUUACAACAAAGAGUGUGUCCUACUCAUACGGUGGUGACAUUCUUAAGUACAUGUCUGGGAUUGAUUUAUCUUGUAACAGGUUAACUGGGCAAAUCCCAGUGGAACUGGGAAACCUGAGUGAAAUCCGUUCGUUAAACUUGUCACACAAUAACUUAGUCGGAGUUAUACCUUCAUCAUUUUCACAACUUAAGCAAAUUGAGAGUUUGGACCUUUCUUACAACAACUUGAGUGGGAGAAUCCCUAUACAGUUGGUUGAGUUGAACUUUCUAGAGGUUUUCAGUGUGGCACACAACAACUUGUCAGGUAGUACUCCAGAACCAAAAGCUCAGUUUGGGACCUUUGAUGAAAGCAGUUACGAGGGAAACCCUCUUCUUUGUGGGCCUCCACUGCAAAAUAACUGCUCUAAAACUGACUCACCAACAACAGUACCAACUACGGCAGAUGAUGAAGGAGAAGGUAGUUUCAUGGACACAUAUGUUUUUUGUGUGAGCUUUCUGGUUUCUUAUGUAAUUGUUUUAUUGGUAAUUUUUGUUGUUCUAUACAUAAAUCCAUAUUGGCGACAAGCAUGGUUUUCUUUCAUUGAGAGUUGCAUCACAACUUGUCGCUACUCAGUUGUAGGCAAUUUUCUUGAGUUAUACAUCUUCAAAAGAUGUGUUUAGGUGUCAUAGGAGCUCUUAUGAUUUGCCUUUAGUUUGAUUGUGGUGAAGAUUUGGAUAAAGUUUAUUUUUGUUGUCAAAAGAAAUUUGGUGAUUUGAUCUUUUAAAUGAGGGAUUUCUUUUAGCUGAUUAUUCUGUUAAAAUGGUUGUAGAAAGAGUUGUGGAUUUGGUUACUCAGAUUGCUUAGAAAGAGUACUUUGAUGAUUUUGCACUUUCAACAGAGCUUUUUGUCUCCGUUGGAACUCUGUUUUUGGUAUUUGUUUUGUUUGGAAGGAAGCACUGUCUUUUGGAAAUUAGUAUUACUUUACAAAAUGAGCCAAUUCAGCAUUGAUCGAUGAAAAUGAUCGCAAAAUGCAUUUAUUUUUUUAUAGGGUUACAAAAUAUUCCAAAAUAAAAAUAAUAAUAAUAAGUUGAUAUAUCUCAUACGCAAGAAAAUCCCAUCAAAUAAAUAAAUUAAAUGCAUAAUCUUUCAAAGCAAUAAUAAAUAUAGGGUGUUAGCU